AUGACGGCUUCCCCAGCUUUCCUCAAUUCAAAGCAAUUAAAUAUGGAAUUUGAUCCAAAGACACCCCAGUAUCUCACCUCGGACCCAUCAAGCUUCGCGUCUGUCUCCGCCGACGACCGAUGGCCCGUCAUCCUUACCGGUGCUAUUGAUGACUUGGCUCGGUCGGUGAGCGCUGUCUCGGAUGAUGAGAAAGCCAAGGAAGGCAAGGGCAUUAUUGAGAAGCUGGCGACUUUGAAGUAUGAGUUGCAGCAUGAUCGGCAAUUAAGCCCCCUCGAAGACGAUGGUGCGUCGGAUAUCGCAUCGUACAAUGAGGAGCUUGUGCAGCGUGGAAAUCCCAAGUGGCACGAUGCCCCUUGGCUAUUUGCCGAAUGCUAUCUUUACCGCCGAAUGGAGACCUUCUUCGCCCUGUCCAAGCACUGGAAGGGGUACGAUGUCUUUGCACGCCAAAAGAUGUCAACCUUCAAGUCCUCCCGACCGGCCGUGCUAGAGCUCGCCGCACGAUACCGCGAAUUGGCCCAUGAGGCGGAGACCGGGAAGGGAGUGGAUGGACGAUCUGCGGAACAAGUUGAACAAGCUGAGAAGCUCCUCUUCUCGGAAAUGUGUGAGAUCUGCUUAUGGGGCAAUGCCACCGAUCUCUCCCUCCUGACCUCCCUUACGUACGAGGAUAUCCAGAAGCUGCAGGGAUCGGAUGCGCGAAAAGCAUCGCAGAAGAACAUCCUCGUCAAUGACCUCGACGCUGCAUUCAACGUCAUGCAAAAAGCUCGUACCGAGAAGAAGGACGGCGAGCGUCGUGUCGAUAUUGUCCUGGACAAUUCUGGAUUCGAGUUGUUCGUCGACCUCAUCCUGGCUGGGUAUUUGCUGUCUGUCGGCCUGGCCACAACUAUCGUUCUGCAUCCCAAGCGUCUGCCAUGGUUCGUUUCAGACGUUACACCAAAAGACUUUUCAGACCUUCUCAAUUCGAUGGUCGACCCACAAGCAUUCUACACGGCUCCUGACGAGUCGGGCAAGACGUAUCCCCCUCUUUCGGAGAAGGAGGUGCAAGAUGUGAAGUUCCUCUUCGAACAGUGGAGUCAAUUCCACCAAGAUGGCAAGCUCAUCGUGCGUCCACAUUCCUUCUGGACUACCCAGGGAUCUUUCUGGCGUAUGCCGCACGUGGCCCCGGAGCUCUUCGAGGAUCUCAAGGAAAGCGAGCUUGUCCUAUUCAAGGGCGACUUGAACUAUCGCAAGCUCGUCAAUGACGCUCAAUGGGACCCAAAAACUCCCUUCAAAACUGCCAUUGGAUCCUUGGGGCCAAAAUCUGGAAUCCGUGUGUUGGCAUUCCGUACGUGCAAGGCGGAUGUGGUUGUUGGCCUGCCUCAAGGCGAAGACGAGAGGCUUCGCCAGCUUCCUGGAGGCGGCGGUGCCGAGUCGCGAAAGUGGGCGUGGACUGGAAAAUGGGCCGUGGUGUCUUUCUGUGAUGGUAAGGCUUGA